AUGGACCGAUUUGAGAAGCAAGCAAAAGCGGACAUGCUCAGAAUAAAAGUUGCGUGGUCUAAGAGGUAUGAAAAGUUACAAGAGAACAACCGGGAAUUGAAGGAAACUAUUUUCGACCUACAAGCGCAACUCCGACAAAGACCACUUUCGGAACAAGGACCAGCUCAAUCAAAGGGAAUAGAGCUGGAAGCUAACCAUGUUGCUAACUCCCGAUCUCCGCCGUAUGCCCGUCAUGUCGACUGCUGCCAUGGUCGUCAUGGUUCUGACUGCUGUCAUGGUUCUGACUGCUGUCAUGGUUCUGACUGCUGUCGUGGUUCUGACUGCUGUCAUGGUUCUGACUGCUGUCAUGGUUCCGAACAUAACGACGAUAGGAGAACGGCCAAGCAGCUUGAGCCUGCUGUCAACACUGAGACCGAACGGCCGAAACGCUGGGAAGGACCUUGCGGGGAUCGCGAUACUAAGACACCCUCCCAGCACGUUGAUAAGGCAGUGGCCCAGAACACGCUAUUGAGAACACGAGAAGAGCAACUGCGAAAUUUAAUCCGUCAGUACAACCGGCUUGGUGCGGCACACGGCCAAUUGCAGACGUAA